AUGGACGAAGAUUUAAAUUUAAAUAUAUUUUUUAAAACAAUUAAAACCAAAUAUACAAAGAUUUUCAAUUUAAUAGAAUCAAAAUGUUAUACAUUAUGUAUACCUCAAUUCUCCUCAUUAUAUGGAAUGAAUUUUACACAGAAGAUUGUUGAAUCACAUGUUUUUAUAGAAUCAAAAUAUUAUCAAAGUGAAUACGAAACAUUAAAUAAAGAUACACACUAUAUUAUAGAUAAUGGUUAUAUUAUAGAUAAAAACAAUAGUUCCAAAAAGGUUAAAAUAUUAUUUGAUGAACUUUGUUAUAAUAAAGAUUUUAAAUCAUAUAGAUUAAUUUGUAUAGAAGAGCCUUUAGUUGGUAGUACUGGUGUUAAACCAUCAAUUUCAUUUUCGCAAAGUGACAUGGAUUUAAUAGGACAUCAUUUUUUUAUUCCAAAACCACAAAAACCAACAUUUACACAAUCCAAAGAUUUCUUUUUAUUAGAUAAAGGAUUAACAACCAUCACAACCAUUGUACUUAAUAAAGCAAAUAAACAACUAGAAGAUUUUGAAAUGAAUAAUUCAAUUUUAUGUAAAGAAUCAGUAGAGAAUGUAAGAAGAAGUCUUUUAUUAAUUCACGAAAAAGUUUUAGAUGAUUUAGUUUGUGCAAAUGCAGAAUAUAAACAACUUCAAACUAAUGAAAAACAAAUGAACAAUUUAUCAAUGCUAUUGGAGAGCUAUAUUAUGGGAAAAUUACAAAAUAAAAUCUAUGAAGAAUUAAAGAUAAUUUACGAAAAAGAAGAUAGUCAAUUAUACGAAAAAAUGUUAUAUUUAUCAAAGCAAUCACUUGGCGAAAUUGGAAUUAAACAGGAGUUUGAAGCACAUUUAAUUAAAGCAAAAGAAGUAAUGUUAUCAUUUUCAAGUGAUUUACCCACCACCUCUAGUGAAAUAGACGAAAUAGCAUCACCAGUAACAUCAUCAACUAUAACAUUAUCAUCAUCAGUACCAUCACCAUCAGUAACACCAUUAGAUAAACUUUUAACAAUUAUUCAAGCAUCAAAAGAAAUUGAAGAAUCCAUAAAGAUGAGAACAUUAUUGGAAUGUGUUGAUGAAGACAAUGUUUUAACUAUUACAGGUGAUGAUGCAUUACCACUUACAGCAUACCUUUUAAUUCAAGCACGUCCCAAACAUUUAAUUUCAGAUUUAAUGUAUUGUUCGAAAUUUAUAUUUACUGAAAUUUUUAAUUCCUCAAUGGGAUAUCAUCUUAUCAAUUUAACAGCGGCAGUAGAUUAUAUCAAAAGAUUUGAUAUCCUUUCAGACAAAACAAUUACAUAUAACGCAUCAAUUAACUAUAAUAGCACUGAAAAUCUAGUAUCUGUAAAUUCAAUAAGUAUAAACUCCAAUGCUAUGUCAUCACCACCAUACCAAUCACAAAGCAACAAUAAUAAUAAAAAUAGCAAUAGCAAUAAUAGCAACGAAUCCGAUGAGGCUGCACUUUAUAAUAACCUUAAAAAAAUUAGCAUUACAAAUAAUAAUAAUAAUCAAUUUACAUCCACUCCAAAUUUAUUUAACAGUUUACCAAAUACCACCAAGAAUGAUAAGUACUCUACUAUUUCAAUAUCCACAAAAAAUAUAGCAGGCAUUCAUGGCACAACCACAACCAUUAAUAAUAACAUUACAACAAUAGAUAAUAAUUAUAAAUAUUCCAAAGCCCCCACUGUAAUUAGCUUAAAUGAUGAAGAUGAUUUAGGUGAUUUUAUAGGCCGUUUAAGAGAAUUAAAAGACGAUGUAAUCGUUGCAUCAGAAUUUAAAUAA